AUGGUAGUCAAAAUGGCGGCUGGCCUACCUCGGUCGGGGUUAUUCGAGGUGUAUAUUCGACAGCAGUGGUGCAAGGUGUUUGUGACAUUAAAUGAAGACUCUUUGACGCUAGCAUUGGACGAGAAUCCAGAAAAUCCAUCUAAUGUCACUAACGGCACAGAUACAGCUCGCACAAACGGAAGUACAUCGAAUCAAGACAAAUUGCCAGAGAGCAUCACCGGUCAAAAACGUCUCGUCCGGGUAGUGAAAGAGGAACAGAAUGGGUUGGGGAUCAGUAUCAAGGGUGGCAAGGAGAACAAAAUGCCUAUCCUCAUCAGUAAAAUAUUUAAAGGUAUGGCAGCCGACAAAACUGAGAAGCUCUACGUUGGGGAUGCGAUUAUGUCUGUCAACGGAGAAGACCUAAGGGAGGCAACUCACGAUGAUGCUGUCAGAGCUCUCAAGAAGGCAAAAAAGGUCGUCGAGAUAGAAGUGAAGUAUAUACCAAAGGUGAGCCCAUACAUUCGAAAGUCCUCUGCCCUCAAUGAACUGGGUUGGGGAACUCAAGAGGCACAAAGGGAUGCUGCAAAAGCAAACUGGACAGAAUCUAAGGCGAUCCCUCUCCGGUUGUGUUAUCUCUGUCGUAAUCUCAGUAUGUCAGAUCCAGAAAAACGCACACUGGAGUUACAUUCUCCUGAUGGAAAGAGUUCGUGUAUUUUACGAUUUCCAGACCCAGCUACCGCCAAUGAUUGGUUCAGUGCUAUCCACUCCAAUGUGAACUUGCUAAUGUCCCAGUGUAUUGUGGAAGCUAAUCAUGUGAUGAGUUCAGCCCCUAACUCCCGUGAGGUGCGGCACAUAGGCUGGCUAUCAGAACAGCUCCUAAAUGAACAGGGAAACCCCACCUGGAAACCUGUGUUCAUUGCCCUGACCGAUAAAGAUGCACUGCUGUAUGACACUGCUCCCUGGAGUAAAGAAGAAUGGGCCACACCCUUUCAGAGUCAUCCCCUAUUAGCAACUAGACUGGUUCACUCCAACAACCAUGCGACACCUCAAACGGGAAGUGAAGUAACAACUUUCGGAACAAGAACAGGAACAAGGAAUGGUGUGGAAAUUCAUGUGUUUCGGGUGGAGACUCAACGAGACCUUGCCUACUGGUCAAGAGCUUUCGUUCAGGGGUCUCAUGGGGCUGCUGCUCUCAUCAAAGAAGUCACUUGUGCGGUAGGAUGGCAGGGUCAGGAAUGCAAACUGACUCUCCACUAUGAUCAGGGAUUUGCACUUACCAGUGCCAAACCUCGAGACAGUUCAGAAAAAGUGAAUGUGUUGUGGACCUACCCAUAUGACAAGCUGAGGAUGUCUGCUGAUGAUGGACAGCGACUGAUGUGGUUAGACUUUGGAGAGGAGGGGGAACAGGAACUUGACCUCAGAACUUGUCCUAAGCCGAUGGUGUUCGUCCUCCACACUUUCUUGUCUUCCAAGGUCAAUAGACUUGGCCUUGUGGCAUGACCUUUGACCCCUAAUCUGCAGUCAUCAAGUGAACAGUGUUGCCAUGGAAAAAUGUUAUUUUGGUAAAUUCAAUUUUAUCACAGUGAAAACUAUUUGCAGUUGACAAAGUUACUUUUACCAGAGUAACAAGGACAUGUGAUUUUGAUGGAAAUUACUGUGAUGUCGCCAUAACAUCGAACACACAUAUGAUGGAUAUAAUUCCAGUCCACAAGCAGAAAAAGUGGGAUCGCUCUUAUCACUUUCUGUUUUUUCGGAAACACACAAGUGUUAGCAUGGCAAUACAAAAAGAUCACAGACUACAAAUCACAGAGUGCAUUACAUAAUUUUACAUAUUGAAUGAAAGGAACAGAUUUUGUUAGCAUGGAACUUGGGUACUGUUUGUACUUUACUCAUGGAUUAUUAGUAUAAGGAAGAAAAUGUGAGUGACAGGAGAGAGGUUAAAAUGUCUGAUAUUGUCCAGUAGGUGUUUUAGAUGUAUUGCUCUACGUUUGUGUUGUACAGGAGUGCUAUGUCACCACAAUGUGUUGAUAGGGACAGGAGGUUGUUAAUCCUGUGAUAUGUACAUACCCCAGUAAUUGUAAAUGCCCCUGCUCUACUAAUAUCCCUUAUUAUUGUGUAUGUAUGUAUAUAUUACAAUGUAUCACCUGUAGCCAUGUUUUGGUUUAGAAUCUCGUGGUAAACUUGGUAAAUUCCUGACAAAUCCUCAAAAUGGUAGUUCUUGUUCCUGUUUACUCAAAUGUUAAAAACGAAAUUCUAGGCCAGUUAAUAAGUUAUAUUCAUCAUGAAAUAUUUUUGUAGAAAUCAGUGUUCUACAAAAUACUCCUCAGGUUAGUACUAUUAUAUUAUGAAAUGGAAUUUCUUUAAAGCUAAUCAUCCAUUAUCAGCAUUCUUAAACUGGUUGUUUAUAUCAUAAUCAAAAUGUCAGUAUAUUCAGCUUCUGUUUGAACGGGUAUUUCUAGUGCAAGAAUUUCAAUUUUUGAAGCAGUAUUAAAUGGUAAAUAAAUGUAUGACAGUGACAUAGGCCAUGUCUUCAGAUCUCGACCUCUUACUGAAGACUGUAUGACAGUGACCUAGGCCAUGCCUUCAUAUCUUGACCUUUUACUGAAGUCUUCAUUCUAUUUUCUCUACCUGGCAUCAGAAUUCUACUUUCUGUUGUCUCCAAAUCUACUAGGCAUCAGAUUUUUCCCCCGUGUUUUCUCCAACUCUACCAGCGAUCAGAAUUUUACUUGCUGUUGUCUCUAGUUCUGCUAGGUAUUAGAAUUCUACAUUAUGUUGUCUCCAACUCUACCAGACAUUAGAUUUUUUUCCUGUUGUCUCCAACUCUACCAGCCAUCAGAAUUCUACUUUCUGUUGUCUUCAGAUAUUCCAGGCAUUAAAAUUCUGCUUUCUGUUGUCUUCAGAUUUUUUUAGGUAUUAUAAUACUAUUUUGCCAUCUUCAGCUCUACCAGGUUUUAGAAUUCUACUUUGUUGUCUCCAUCUCUACCAGAUAUAAGAAUUCUGUUAUCUGUUGUCUCUAGUUCUGCUAAUGCCAGAAGCUUUAGUUAUGUACAGAUUCAAAAUGCUUGGUUUCCUCCUAAAACUUAUUGGAGAUAUUGUAUAGGUAGACUUUAUACAUAAUGUACAGACUUUGUAUGUAUAUUCUAUAGCUGUUUAACACUAGUGAAAUAUGUUUUAUAGCAAUACAGGAAUCUGUUCAGGGAUUUUAUGUUUUAUUUAAGAUAGUUUGUGAUAUGUCAUGCUUUCAGAGCACUCACUGCUCGCAGUCUUUUUCAAUUGAUUUAGAGUAGAAUAUUGUCAGUGGUUGGUCUUAGCUUUUCAGCAUGUGAUUUGUUUAAUUAUAAAACUUUGUAUAGAUAAGAUGGUGUUUUUUCAUUUUACACUUUGACCUUUAAAGGACAAAAUUCUUGC